ACCGCUAGUUUCCGCGUUUCGUUUUAAAGCGCAGCAUUUUCAAAGCUCUCAAAGCUGCUGGGUGAUAACGGCGCGAAAAGACGAAAGCACCAAUACGCGCGCGUGUCUCUUGUUUAAUAAAAUAGUAAAAACCGGAGUUUGUUUGAAAUAUAUUCUUCAUAUUUUAAAAACGCUAAAUGUGUGAAUAAAUAAAAAAUAAUACCUGUCUGGAUACCUAGAUAGAAACAAAUAUUUUAUGGAUUGUCGAAACUUUUAGGUUGUUAAUUUUUUUGUGGAUUUUUGAAUAAUGAGAAAACAACGACUAUCUAGAAAAAGAGCGAUCGAUAAACCUUUAGGUAUGAGAGAAGUGAUAGCAUUUCAAGGAUCAUGUACUCCAAAUGCAUGUGUAGGGGAAGUAGCGUGUAAGCCAUUUGCUAAUGGGACGUAUAUGUGUAUAUGUACACAUGAUUCUAAACCUCCCUACGCAGAUGGUUCCUGUCCUAGGAAAGUUGUUGCUUCGGGCAAUAGUGCUUCAGAAGUUGAUGAAAGUUCGGGAAGAAUUCCAGUUCAACCAAUUGCAUCACAUGAAAAUCAUCUGUCACUGACAAACACUCUAAAACCACAAUUAGCAAUUCCAGUAGUCAAAUCAGCUUCUGUUAUUUCAAAUUAUAACUAUGGACAACACUUGUUUAUAUUUAUUCCUUCUAUUUUAAUAUUAGGAAUUCUGUUAUUUUUUUCUAUAUAUUGUUUGAAGAAAAAACGUCGAAGAAGGGACAAUUCAUCACCGAUAAGUCUAAAACAAAAUUUUUUAAUAUCGGAAAGGUACGCUCCUAAUCCACACUAUACAGCGUGUUCGGCAACUGGAGUACCAAUUUUGAAAAAAGAAACCCUGUCUUUCCUUAAAGAAGUCGGAGAAGGAUGUUUUGGAAAAGUUUUUAAAGGCGAACUCAUCUGUGACGACGACCAAAUUGAAAUCGUAGCCAUAAAAGUUCUGAAAGAUUCUGCUAACAAGGAAGCUGAAGAAGAUUUUUUAAGGGAGGUGGAAAUCAUGAGCGCUUUCAAACAUCCAAAUAUAUUAUCUUUGCUUGGAGUGGUCCUUAAAGAUGAGAACAUAAAUCCGAUGAUGGUAUUCGAAUUCAUGCCCCACGGGGAUCUUGCGGAGCUCCUGCGUUUUCAAAAACGAUCAGAUUUGGACAAAGAUCUACCUGAAUUACGUAAAACCGAUCUUCUGACGAUAACUCUGCAAAUAGGUAGGGGAAUGAAAUAUUUGGCAUCGCAGCGAUUCGUCCACAGAGACUUGGCUUGUAGAAAUUGUUUGGUAACCGAAGGUCCCAUAGUCAAGAUUGCAGAUUUUGGUAUGAGUAGAGAUGUUUAUACUUCUGAUUAUUACAGAAUUGGUGGUUCACGUCUUCUUCCAGUACGCUGGAUGGCUCCAGAAAGUGUUGUGUACGGCCGAUUCACACUAGAAUCGGACAUCUGGUCAUAUGGAGUUGUCCUAUGGGAAAUAUUCAGCUUUGGCAAGCAACCUUAUUAUGGUCAUAGUAACGAGGAAGUUGUCCACUUAAUCAUCGAUGGCAUAAUGCUAAUUCCACCAGAAGACUGUCCAUCAACAAUAUGCGAUCUCAUGAAGAACUGUUGGAAAACAGAGCCCAGAAAUAGAACAACUUUUCCAUUAAUCUGUGAGAGACUGGAAGAGAUCUAUAAAAUGUCGCAAAGUUUAAGUUGCUCUUUUGAGACUGAAAAAAAGAAAUUAAAAAAUUUGCCAAGACCUCCACCUUUACCAUCAGUGGAUGAACUUGAUAUAGUGGACGGCCAGGGGUAUUUGAAACCUAUCGAAACAGAACCAGUUUCAUACCUUGAGACAGUGUGUGAUUGAAAACAUUAUUGUAUAAUAUGUAAAACAAUAUUAAUAUUUAUCUAGUCAAAUUAAAGUAAAACAUUAUUCGAAUGGAAAUUGAUGUUUCUGACGGACCCUUAGUUAUGAACCUCAAACCUCAAACUUUUGCCUUACUUUCUUAUUAUCCCAAUACGGUUUGGAAAUAUAUGAAUUAGGACAUGGCGUCUAAAAUGGAAAAAUUAAACAUAACAAAGUAUACAAGCGCCUUGGUCGUGAUUCAAAUAAGUCCCCCAUACCACAAAUCGUAGAAAAAAUAACAUAUAUUAUUUCAUUAUAAUUAUGAAAUUAUGAUGUGCCUUUUAUAUCCUAUAUAUUUAAAUGUGUGAUAUUAUAAUGUAAGAUUUUUUAAAUAAAUUGUACAAUCAUAGAUUUUAGACAAUUAUGUUCUUAUACCAUUGUUUAAAAACAAAAUUGUGCCUAAUAUUAGGAGUGCUUCACAAAAAAUGUAUCUAAAGUAGGCCUAGGAAAAAUCCACGUGAGUCGAGCGUACAAUUUUUCUUCUUUCUAAGUGUCAUGGUGGAUUUUUUUUUGGAUUAAUCUUUAAAUUGUGCAGCAAAAC